CAGCCGGGCAGCUGCAAGCCCCGACGGCGGCCCCGUGCCCGUCCCCGCGCCCCAUGCCUGUGCACUGGCGGUCACCGGGCUGUGCGGGGGACGCCCCCCGGAGAGCCUGCGCCAACUUCGUUGGGGCGCGCGGGUCCCUCGGGCCGGGCGCGGGGCGGUGGGGGCCGGGCGGACGUCGGAAGGUGCCGGCCUCCGAGCGCGCUGUCCGCCGAGUCCGCGGCGCGCUCUGAGAACCGUUCUGGGCCGUACCCGGCGCACGGGCAUUCGUUUUCGCGGCCCGGGCGAGGGCUCGUCGAGCUCCGCUGCCAGCCUAGGUGGCGAAGGCGGCGGCCGGCGGCACUCGCUUUCUGCGCUCAGCUUGGCGAGUGAAGAGGGGCUCGGGCCGGGUUCAGGGCGCACAGAGACGGCGGCAACCGCGGCCGGGGCAGCCUCUCCUGCCGCUGGAGGCACAGAGGGACGCGUCUGGAUGCCCAGUUUGGGACCGUUCGGUCGCCGUUUAGCAGCCCGGCCCCGUAGGGAUCGCACCGUCCGCCUGUAUCCUCGCGGCUACGCUGGGUUUCAGCGUGACACCCUCGCCCACAGCCUUGCCUAACAAACUUUAUUGAUUUGCUCCACAACCUUUUCUCUCACUCCAUCCUUGAACGUGAUGUUGCUGCCAACGAGGACCUGACGCUCACCAUACAAAGGUUGAAAUGGGGGUGGUGACGCGGCAGUAGCUGCCGUCCGAGCUGGCUCACUCUGACUUCCUGGUGGUCCCCAUAAUGGCCUUUGAGGACAUCAUUAAGGAUUAUGGAAGGACCCCGGGACCGCGUCUGUCAAGUCUCCCGGUUGAGAACCGUCUGUCCGUCUGCCUUGUCCUUGAUGACACUGACGUCUUUGAAGAAUGCCGGCGCAACAUCACGUGCCCUCAGUUUGGGUACGAGGUACGUUUUCCUAACUUUCGGGUCCAAAAGUGCAUCCAUUCUCCCUUCACGCCUGCUUGGGGUUUCGGCUGAUAGAAUUUCUGCACAGAAGUCUCCCUCAGGAUCAGACCACAGCCCUUCCAGAAGCCUCUGCAGCGAGUUCAUCCCUCCUCCAGAGCCUCCCCAGGCCCGGCCAUCGGUCACUCAGAGGUCAUCAUUGGGCCUGGGUUAUCUCGCCGUGGGGUGUUCUUGGUGUUGGGCACAGCUCCUUCAGAAGUCUCGGUGGGGUAGUCACCCCUGCCCUCCUGUGUCCUGUGUGGGAAGCUCCGCGCUGUCGGAAUUCACUGUCCUCAUGAGUUCGUCACCCCUGCUCUCCUGUGUCCCGUGUGGGAGGCUCCGUGCUGUCAGAAUUCACUGUCUUCAUGGGGUCAUCACCCCUCCUGCUGUCCCGUGUCCCGUGUCCUGUGUGGGAGGCUCCAUGCCAUCGGAAUUCACCAUCCUGACAGUGUCGUCACCCCUGCAGUCCUCUAUGCCGUCAGAAUUCACUCUCCUUCACAGAGUCGUCACCCCUGCCAUCCCGUGUCCUGUAUGGGAGGCUCCAUGCCGUCGGAAUUCACCAUCCUGACAGUGUCGUCACCCCUGCAGUCCUCUGUGCCAUCGGAAUUCACCAUCCUGAUGGUGUCGUCACUUCUGCAGUCCUCUGUGGCGUCGGAAUUUAUUCUCCUUCACAGAGUCGUCACCCCUACAGUCCUCUGUGCCAUCGGAAUUCACCAUCCUGACAGUGUCAUCACCCCUGCAGUCCUCUAUGCCGUCGGAAUUCACUCUCCUUCACAGGGUCAUCACCCCUGCCAUCCCGUGUCCUAUAUGGGAGGCUUUGUGUCGUUGGAACUCACCAUCCUGACGGUGUCGUCACCCCUGCAGUCCUCUGUGGCGUCGGAAUUCACCUUCCUGACGGUGUCGUCACCCCUGCAGUCCUCUGUGCCAUCGGAAUUCACCAUCCUGACGGUGUCAUCACCCCUGCAGUCCUCUGUGGCGUCGGAAUUCACCAUCCUGACGGUGUCGUCACCCCUGCAGUCCUCCGUGGCGUCGGAAUUCAUUCUCCUUCACAGGGUCAUCACCCCUGCAGUCCUCUGUGCCGUGGGAAUUCACUCUCCUUCACAGGGUCAUCACCCCUGCCAUCCCUCUUGGGAGGCCCCAUGUCGUCGGAAUUCACUGUCUUCACGGUGGCCCACGCCUCUCACUUGGUGAUCUGUCUUCUCGGUGAAUCUGUCCUGCUUUCCGGGACCCUUCCUCAACUUCAUUUCUCACCCUUCUGUUGAGUUGUGUUUUGGCUAACACGGUUUUUCCCUGCACAGCUCUUCUCCCUCUGUGGUUUCUAACAGGCAUCAUCAUCUUUUUCAGGGCUCCAGUGACCUGCAUCACUGCACUGGCCGACUUCAUAAGGAUAUUACAAAUAGGUUUUGUUGGAUUUUUUUUUUUUGGAAGUUUCAGGCUGGGUGCAAUGGCUCAUGCCUGUAACGAGCACUUGAGGAGGCAGAGGUGGGUGGAUCACUUGAGCCUAGGAGUUUGAGGCCAGCCUGGGCAACACAGGGAGACCCCCUCUCUACAAACAGAAAAAAGCGUUUAGCCAGGCAUGGUGGCAUGCGUCUAGUCUCAGCUACUCGGGAGGCUGAGGGAAGAGGAUCACUUUAGCCUGACAGGCGGAGGUUGCAGUGAGCCAAGAUCGCGCCACCCCGUUCCAGCCUGGGUGACAGAGCAAGACGCUGUCUCAGAAGAAAAGCAAAUAGAAAAAAGUUUCCAUCUUGCAUAAUCUUCAUCUUUGGAUUUUGGCCUCUGUGGCUGGUUUUGGCCUUUGUCUCUCAAAUGUCAGGCUCCAGUGACAGGCAGGUGCCAUGCAGCUGUGGCUUCUGGGAACUGGAGGCCGGGGUGCUGCCUGGCGUCCUCAGGUAGGCGUGGGGCCUGUGGUUUGCUCUCAGGUGCUCAUUCCCUUCCGUGCCUGAGCGUUUUUCCUCUGGGCUGGUCACUUUCCUGGAGAUGCCCCUCCUCCAACCCUCAUCUCCCAGGGCACCGGAGACCCUGAAAGGUGCUGGAAUCUCAACAUUCCUGAGCCUUGUGAGGCUUCACAGUGCAGCCUGGCUCAGCCCAGGCACCGGGGGCUGGGAGCCCUGAUUUGGUUGUUACUCAUCCUUUUCAGCUUCCAAACUCCUGCCGUUGCCUCUGUCCUUAGAAGGCCACACCGGUUCCAUCCUCAGCCUCGGGCUUGGGGCAUCAGUCUGUUGCCUUUGGUUCUGCCUGUCCUGCCCUUUUUUAAAUGGAUACGUGUUCAACAUACGUGAGAAAGUUCUCUGUAUCUAGCUUUUUAAAAACCCACACCGAUGCCACGUUUCCUCAUGCGUGCAUGAACUCCCAUGGCACUGCCCUGGCUGGUGCACAUGUGCAGGGCUCUGCUUAGUGAAGUCGGGUGGCUUGCGCCCCCCCACUCAUUGCAGCCCAGUGCUAGGAGUCAUGCUGAAAUGCCCGCCGUGUCUAUUUUGUGUCUCUGGAGACAAUCUCUGCCUGGGAGUAAGGAGUCAAGGAGGGGAAGCCCUUUAAAGGGGAAGGAAGGAAGUUCAUAGUUGUCCCCUUCCUUCGGUUCAUCUGGAGGCAGAGCCAUCUGGAAUGCCAACGCUGUCACCUGCCCACAGGCUGCCACCUGGCCCCAGCCCCCUGUUCCCCUGCUGCCACUCGCCCCCAGCUUCUGCCAGCCGCCAGACUCAGCACAUCCUGAGCACACGCAGAUGCUGGACGAGAACCACCACCUGAUCCAGUGCAUCCUGGAGUACCAGAGCAAGGGCAAGACAGCCGAGUGCACGCAGUACCAGCAGAUCCUGCACCGGAACCUGGUAUACCUGGCCACAAUCGCAGACUCUAACCAGAACAUGCAGUCCCUGCUUCCCGCCCCGCCCACGCAGAACAUGAGCCUGGGCCCCGGAGCCCUGAGUCAGAGCGGCUCCAGCCAGGGCCUGCACUCCCAGGGCAGCCUAAGCGACGCCAUCAGUACGGGCCUGCCACCCUCCUCUCUCCUGCAGGGCCAGAUCGGCAACGGACCGAGCCAUGUGUCCAUGCAGCAGACAGCGCCGAACACGCUGCCCACCACCUCCAUGAGUGUCUCAGGGUCCGGCUAUAGCCACGCAGGGCCCGCGUCGCAGGGUGUCCCCAUGCAGGGACAAGGCACCAUCAGCAACUACGUAUCUCGGACCAACAUCAGCAUGCAGUCCAAUCCAGUCUCCAUGAUGCAGCAGCAGGCGGCCACAUCACACUACAGCUCCACGCAGGGUGGCAGCCAGCACUACCAGGGCCAGUCAUCCAUCGCCAUGAUGGGCCAGGGCAGCCAGGGGAGCAGCAUGAUGGGGCAGCGGCCCAUGGCGCCCUACCGGUCUUCCCAGCAAGGCUCUUCCCAGCAGUACCUGGGCCAGGAGGAGUAUUACGGCGAGCAGUACAGUCACAGCCAGAGUGCCGCAGAGCCCAUGGGCCAGCAGUACUACCCCGACGGCCAUGGUGAUUACGCCUACCAGCAGUCAUCAUACACAGAGCAGAGCUACGACCGGUCGUUUGAGGAGUCCACGCAGCACUACUAUGAGGGGGGGAACUCUCAGUACAGCCAGCAGCAGGCCGGGUACCAGCAGGGCGCCGCGCAGCAGCAGGCCUACUCCCAGCAGCAGUACCCCAGCCAGCAGAGCUACCCCGGGCAGCAGCAGGGCUACGGGCCUGCCCAGGGAGCCCCCUCGCAGUACCCCGGCUACCAGCAAGGCCAAGGCCAGCAGUACGGAAGCUACAGAGCACCGCAGACGGCACCCUCUGCCCAGCAGCAGCGGCCCUACGGCUAUGAGCAGGGCCAGUAUGGAAAUUACCAGCAGUGAGGGACACAUGGCUGGAGCCCUUGUGGUAGCGUGUUCAUCCAGGGGCCGGAUGGGCUGGCGGCAGCUCUGGUGAAUUGUGACAUGUUGGUUACCCUUUCACCCAGUGCCACGUCUGCAUGUGAAACGUGCUCAUUUCAUGCUGGGUAUGACGCCGAGCGCGCACCGCUGGCACGAGACCGCGCUUGGUGGUGUGAUACUUUUGGUGCUGUGUAUAGUAUUGUAUGUUGGUACAUGGAGAGGUAUCCUUUUUUUGUCCCCCCGCCCCCUUCUCAAUGUUUCUAGCUGCUUUGGGGGUCAUUUUGUCAUCAGAGCAUUUCUGUGCCCAGGGAUGGGACGGAUCUCAAAGACACCAUAGUCUACCUGUUCCGAUCAACAGACCUUAGGUCUCAUUUCUCUCCUCAUACAGUUGCUAUAACGUGGGCUGUCAACUUUUCUUUAACUGGCUACACCACAGCUAGACACACAUGCAGCCCCUGGAGAGCAGCCUCUUCCUGUGCCUCAGUGGGUGGUGGGAGGGCGUCUUCUGUGUGUUGGGUCAGUUUCUGUCACAUAAUGAAAAGAAGAAACAUCUCCCUCAGGAGAGGCCACAGAUGGCUACUUCCAGAGCUUGCUCGUGGCCUGGCUCUCACCAGUUGCGUUUAUCCAAAAAGGUACAUGUUUUUGUAUUAAAAAGUAAACAGGAAUCAAUGACUGUAUUCCAAAUAAACAUGAAUCCCUAAGGUCCUGGGCGGAUCGCCUGACACAGGAUGAGUGGUGUUGCUGAAGGAAAGAGGGGCAGCUCUCUGGGAAGUGGGCCGUCAGAGAUUACUCUGGCUUUGACCCUUGUUUAGCUGAUGGUCAUUUCUGGGAUUGGAAUAUUUAAUAUGCCCAAUGCUAAAUUGAUAGGUAAUUUAAAAUAUUGACACCAGAUUUUCCAAACAGUUGGCAAGUUGUUUAUUUUACAUUAUUUCUUCCAGGACCUACUUGCUCAGAUCUCCAAGCAAGCAUUUCUUUUCUUUUAGGGAUGUCUGAAAGUCAUAUCCAGUAACUUUACUGUGUUCUUUCUAAUGAAAAAUAAAGGUUUUAUAUAGUGAAACUUAAGUAAUUUUUACAUUUCUAGGAUAUUAAAUCCUAUUUCAAUUCUGUGUAAACAUUAAAGACAGCACACUUGGAAAAGUAUGGUCAAAGGAAAAAAAAUCGUAUGCUGCCAUUAACAACCCGCAUGGACAUUUGAUCAGCCUUUACUUGGAAUAAUACUCAUAUUUGCUAUGAAUCCUUUUAAAAAAAUAUUUGGAUAAAUGCUGGUGAAUUUCCAAGAACUACCAAGAAAAUACAAAAGAUACCCAGUGCUUGAUAUAUGAGGUCUACUAAUAAUGAUGUUUCUCUUUAAUUGAUGUUUUGUUUUAAAAGUUAAAAGUAGUUCUUCAUCCAGAGUUAAGUGCUUUAGAAUUUACAAGGUGCAUACGUGUUUUGCUUGAAUUAAUCCCGACAGCCCCUGUGAGGAAAUUUUUUAGAGAUGAAGAACUAAGGCACAGAUUAAAGGACUUGGCUGUGUUGAGUCCUGUUAUAGGACGUUCUUCCCUCGUCCAUGAGACAGGUGUCACACAGAAUUGGGGAUGGCAGUGUUUAUUUUGUAGGCAUAAGGGUUUUUUAAACCCUUAACACUGGUAAGGGCUUAAAAGUAAAUGUGUAUGUUCAUAUUACUGAAGAGAGUUCUUAAUUGCUAAUUGACAAAAGUAUGUAUGAGCAAUUUCAGUUAGGGAGUCUUCUCCCUUGAUUUUGUUCUUUUCAUGUCAAUUUUCAUAAAACUAAUUUGCAAACUCAAUCAGGGACUAAAAUUUCCCAUUGAAAAUGUUAAACAUUUUAGAUAACUGUGAAAAUAGUUUAUUUUUAUUCCUUGCCAAUCUGGGAAUAUGCCUUUUGUGUGUGUGUGUGUAUGUGUGUGUGUGUGUGUGUGUGUGUUUGUGUUUUUAAGUGCUGUAUUAAUACUUUCUGAAAGAAAAGGACACUUAUCCCAAAAUUUCAAUCUGAAAUGUCUUACAUUAAGAAUAUCUUGAAUGUUGUGUAUAUAUUUUAAAAAGCACUUUGCAAAAUAGUUUGUACAUUUAUUUCCUAAUUUAUACAUGAUUUUUGGUGUUAAUAUAUUUAAUGAUUAAUAACAGAAUGUUUAUUUAAUGUGUUGUCCAUUUUUAUGUAAUAUUGUGGGGGAAAGUGAUGCCAGCAAUUCCUUUUCAUUAACUUAUUAUAUCUUCUGUCCUAUGAAUGUUGAGAAAAGCUUAGGCUAACAUGAAUUAUUCGUGAAGUGUGGUUGAUGGUGCUGUUUUUUUCUGACUACUUCUAUGGAAGGCCAAUGAAGAAGCAAAGGACGACGUGAAAAUUGAUGCUCAUUCUUCUUCCUGUCGUUCCCUGACUUCCAGCAAAUUGUGAAUUUGAAAAAUAAUGGCCACAAUUUUCAGAAGUGCUGACAAAUUUCAUAUUGGUAUGCAAAAGCUCAUCACCCAUUAGGGUUUGUUGUUGAAUCAACAGUAUAUAGCAUAUUAAAACAGUACAUCAGAACUCAGGCCCAGAGUCUUUAUGAAUGGGAUUAACGUGGACAAGAUCUCCUAAGAUCUGAAAAGAAACGUGAAUAUGCUCAUCUGGUUGGAGUUUACCUGAAGCUCUGAUUUUGUCAGGGUUUUUCUACAUAUAGGGGGCACCCCUUCAACACUACAGAGUGGAAGACUGUUUUCCAUUUCCAUUAAAAAAUGUUUAGCCACUUCAUUUCUAUUUAUUGAACAAGUCAAAUUUGUCUGGUUUGUGAGUACAGUACAUUUGAAAACCAUCCUGGAUAUCGGUUAAUUUUUUUUCAGUCGGAGUUUGACAUAUAAAUUAUGGUUUUGGUGUAAUCUCUUAAUAAACUGGUUCUUCAAAAAUUA